CCGUCAGGUCGUAGGAACUGUUUACAUUAGAGACACAUUGCCUCAGAAAUKAUUUUAAAAUGAGUAUUUUAUCAAAAUUGAGAUACUUUAAGUUAAGUUAAUACAAUYGAGGAUGAAUUAUUCCAGCCAAAAAGUAUGAAAGGAAUUAUAGUAACUGAACAUACCUUUGAACACCAGCUUGUUUAUGAUGAGAUUUUUGUGGAAUACUUUAAUGCUUUUCUAGCUUUGCCAGCCUUCCCAAAAAUUGUGCAGUAUGAGUCAAUAUCAGGAACUUUUCAAGAUGCAUCCAAAGAGCAAAAGUCUUAUACRCUGGCUCCCAGUGAAGAUGCUGAGAGCGAAGCAAAACAGAGAGAAAAAGUGAUGAAAUGGGUCAAGAAAGAAAGGUUGCCGUUGUUUCUGAGGACAAAGCUUUAUCUUCAGUUCAAGCUCUGCCGUCUUCUUCUGCGGAAACUAAAAGACUUCCGGUCGACCGCCCGAGGAAGCAGCCGGGGCUUAAGAGGUUAUAGCAGAGCAACAAGCUCAGCGGUCUACUCGCCCCARGCCAACCGGCCAUCGAGUAACGUUUCMAACAGAUCGUGGCCUGGAGUUCCAAUAAARCAUUUCGGUCGUCGCCCCUUGGGUAGUGCGACAAGYUUGCCGGGAAUGUUAAGGUUGGCUUUAGGCGAAGAUGGAAGCACGGAGAACAUAGGAGACGGAAUGCAAAAACUCGAUAUUACUGAUAAAAAUAUUAACAGCAUAGAAGAAGGAGAUUCAAGAGUAGAACAAAUGAAUAACGAUGGAAUAGAAGGAGUUCACGCCCAGGACAACAACAAUGGUUCAGAGACAGAAUCAGAGCACGAGGGUGUAGCUGAAGAUGAGUUGCGAGCAGUGAUGGAGUUUGAGGAGCCUGACGACGCGCAAACGGAAGCUGACGCUAAAAGUAUAGCCUCAAAACACAAGAUCACACUACAGGAACUCAAGGAACAAGCUUUAGGAUCGCUUCAAGGGAUGACACUUUUUCGAGCUUUUCUCGGRGACACAGUUGGAAUUCACUUGUACGACUUUUGGCUCGACGUGGAGCAGUACAAAGAUAGUUUACAGUCUGAGCCUGAAGAGAGCACGAGGGAACAUAGGACAAGAUUAUUUAGAGAAAUUCAAGACAAACACAAGAACUACCUUACACCAGACGCUAAGGAGCAGAUCGARCGAGCGUUGUAUCAUGGAGGUGUAACGCAAGAUUUGUUUACGAGGACGCAGUACGAUAUGUUGCGUAGAUUACGAUCUUAUUGGGUACCGAGAUUUUUGGUUCAUUUGGAAAGGAACGAAGAUUACAGRGAAGACUAUUUUUCGCAAGUCAACCCACGUGAUCAAUAUCGACCAAACUCAAGUCUCAGUUUCUUUCCUUCCUUGUCAUUGGUUCAUUCAAUACCACCCCUCGGAGACUGGUGCCGAGAAAUGAUCCGAUUUCGUAAAUGGGACCGCGAUAUCUUGAUCAAAGACAAAAGACGAAAGUCCGUUGGUCAGCGGCUGAAUGUCAUCCCAGAAGGUCAAGCGAUUGAUCCAUUUAUGUCAGCACUUAAGGCCGAAAAAGACGCUGGGUAUCCCUUCAAACGAUAUCUCCAAAGUCACGACAAGACCAUUUUAGCGCACAUUAGUUUCUGGCUCGAUGUCAAAGAAUUUACUGCUGCAGAGAAGCGUUCAGGGGAUCGUUACCUAAGUCGAUGCAAYGCGUGGAAUAUCUUUAAUAGAUAUUUAGCUACAGGGUCUGAAUUAAACAUAGGUCUUCAUCCAACCGAACGAAGRCGGAUAGAAAGUAUUCUUCAUUCAAGUGAGGAACUUCCAACCAACCUCUUCGCCUCGGUCGAGAAUUUCAUUAUCGGAGUGCUAAGGGUCACAUGGGAGGAUUUCAAGGAUUUCGACCAACAAAGAUAUCGCAGACCUCCACGGAGUAUGGCAUCAGAACGAAUUCCAUCACCAACCGCGUCCCAGGUCGCUAAAGGAUCAAAAGACAAUCAUUACUACUCUCCCACCACAGGCCGAUGGGUAAAAAGACAUCCUGGUUCCUCACCCUCUGAACGUGGCCGUCGACUGUACACAUCUCUAGCAAUGGCGGAGGAGUGCGAUGCGAUACGUUCAUCUUCGUCCUCUCCUAAACGCUCGUACRUCCCUCCACCGUCAACUACAGGAAAGAAGAGCAAGGGAAAUAAAAACAGAAGAAAAUCGAAAACUAACAAGAAUUUGGUUAUUCGACGGAAAAAGAAARCAGCUACAACUGUUAGUACAUCUGAAGAGGAAGAUUCAGACUCAACUGAUGAUAAACCAGAAAAACCGGUCCAACCGGUUGUACCGGAGUUUGUUGAUGUGGUUGACAAUAAAGGGACAAUGGCRUCCUUCAAGCAGUACGUUCAAAACAUGGAAGGGCGUCAYGCAUUCAAUCAGCUUGUCAUGUAUCUUGAAAUCGAGCAAUACAACACUAUUCUACCGUCGAAGAAAAUGCAGAAAGCCCAACAGUCUUCUAAUAUUUAUAAGACUUUUUUUGAUCCGGCUUCGCGAAGGGCAGUGACUCUUCCCUCUCAACUACUGGGUAAAAUCGAAGCAGAGCGUCCGACMUCGCCUGUUCUUACUGAGGCUCAGCAAGCAGUUCGGUCUGAUGUYGAAACAUACUUCAAAUCUUUCUUUAAGACUCAAGAGUCUAAACGUCAUGAUGGCACAGUUCCUAAUACACCUAAAGAAGGCAGUAAAGUGGAUGGUCUUGACGGGCAGCAAAGUUUUCUGCAGUUUUACAGACGAAAAGCGCAGAGGAAAAGCAAAAAUACAGGGCGUGUCCAGCCUUCUAAAGAAGAUCGAGAAGAAUUCAAGCGUGUUUUACAAUCAACGCAAGGUCGGCUUCCCGUGAAGCUGGAAUUAUUCCGUCGAUAUCUCCAAAACCACGGCGACCCUGACAGCUUCCCCAAGCUGGAGAACGAUCUGUUUUUCUAUCUCGAAGUGCAGAAAUUAAAGGAUCUCUUUAACUACUUGGAUGACACUUCGUUAAACAGAAAAGUCGAAACCAUUAUCGAGUGUUUUCUUGACUCGGCGACGCCUCCAUGGCUCCAGAUUGACAUAGGCUCUGAGUUAGCAGCCAGGAUAAUACACAAAGCCCAGACGUUUUCAACGGCCAAGCGAGCCUCUCGAGAGCACAAGGACCCUGCUUUGUUCGACGAAGCACAAGCUCUUUUAUUCAAGGAACUGCUACCUUAUUGGGCAGGCUUCUGCAAGCAAUAUAAGCCACUUGAAUUUGAAGGUGGUGCGAAACUACCACCAACAAAACAAGAAAAAAGUCUUCAAAGACGUUAUAACGAGUUUGUCAAAUACCAAGCUGUGACAGAAACACUCGUCCUACCCCCGGUCAGUCCUGCUGUUGGCCAGUCGCGCACCGAAGCGACAUUCUCAGUGUCUGAUGGCAUGAGAUGGAAGGACCGAAGAGAAGUGGACUCUUUAAGCGUCAUGUCCAGCGCACAGGGAAGCGUUAACGGUGCAGCUUUAGGGCGUAAAAAGAGCAGUAUCGAUGGGUCGACUAUAAAUGCAAUAGAAGUGGGCAGCUAACAGAGGAAUGAAGAUAGGCAUACGACUUUUCUCAAAAACAGACUCUGUACUGAAUGGCACAAAGUUAAACAAAUUGUCGGCCAUGGUUGGAAUCACUUGAAAAUUUGAAUCACUUGAACGUGAAAUCGGCAUUACAAGCACAUCAAGAUUUUGAAACCUGAUAAAUGCCGCAGUCCAAAAUAAAAAAACAACAACAAACAAAUGUAGUUUAGGGACCUGAAUUUUAAUGUAUUUUGAUAUGAAGAUGCAAUAAGUUAUUUUUACACCUUAAAGUAUUUAUUUUUUGGAAAUUAAAAUGUUGAAAACUAA